AGGCGUUCGUGGGCGCCCCCAGCGGCUGCGGGUCGGGCGAUCCCUGUGCUCAUCUCAGGCUGGGGCAGAGGGUGUUUGAGAGGCGCGCGAUGCUGGCUGCGCUGGCACUGGCGAGGGUCGCUGCUCUGCGGAGAACCGGCUUUAUCUGUGGCCCAGGCGGCAGAAGGGAGCUGUGGACCGGCCCCCCGCAGUCAGAUACUGACAAUGUGAAGCCAUUGGAGGGUGUAAAAAUUCUGGAUCUAACAAGAGUACUGGCAGGACCUUUUGCUACAAUGAAUUUAGGAGAUCUUGGAGCAGAAGUUAUAAAAGUGGAAAAACCAGGAGCUGGUGAUGAUACACGAACUUGGGGGCCACCUUUUGUGGGGACAGAAAGUACUUAUUUUCUCAGUGUAAAUCGAAAUAAAAAAAGUAUAGCUGUUAAUAUCAAGGAUCCAAAAGGUGUGAAAAUCAUCAAAGAGCUUGCAGCUGUUUGUGAUGUAUUUGUGGAAAAUUAUGUCCCUGGCAAACUGUCUGCAAUGGGCCUGGGAUACGAAGAGAUAGACAAGAUUGCUCCUCAUAUCGUCUAUUGUUCCAUCACAGGGUAUGGUCAGACAGGUCCAUUGUCUCAGCGAGCUGGUUAUGAUGCUGUGGCCUCUGCUGUUUCUGGUCUGAUGCACAUCACAGGGCCUGAGGAUGGAGAUCCAGUUCGUCCAGGAGUCGCCAUGACUGAUCUUGCCACUGGCCUGUAUGCAUAUGGAGCCAUUAUGGCUGGAUUGAUACAAAGAUAUAAAACUGGAAAAGGACUGUUCAUUGAUUGUAACCUACUGUCAUCUCAGGUGGCAUGUUUAACCCAGGUAGCUGCUAAUUAUCUUAUUGGCCAAAAAGAAGCGAAACGUUGGGGCACAGCUCAUGGCAGUAUUGUUCCCUACCAGGCUUUUAAAACCAAGGAUGGUUAUCUUGUAGCUGGAGCAGGAAACAACCAACAGUUUGCUACCAUGUGCAAGAUCUUGAAUUUGCCUGAACUGAUUGAUGACUGGAAGUAUAAAACUAACCGCCUUCGGGUACAGAAUAGAAAAGAGCUUAUUAAAAUAUUAUCUGCACGGUUUGAAGAAGAAAUGACCAACAAGUGGUUACACCUCUUUGAAGGCAGUAAGGUCCCAUAUGGCCCAAUCAACAAUAUGAAGAAUGUAUUUGCAGAACCUCAGGUGCUGCACAAUGGCCUCAUUAUGGAAAUGAAACAUCCGACUGUGGGAAAGAUAUCAGUCCCAGGCCCGGCUGUGAGAUACAGUAAGUUCAAGAUGUCAGAGGCCAGGCCUCCUCCCCUGCUUGGGCAGCACACAACCCACAUCCUGAAGGAGGCCCUCAGAUAUGAUGACAGGACAAUCGACGAGCUGCUCAGGACUGGUGUAGUGAACCAACAUGAAGGCGAGUGACAAAAAAAUAUGCUUUCUCAAAGCCACAAUGUGAAUGCAUUUUGCCAGCAAAAGCAAUACUCUUUCUGAACCCUACUCCCCAAUUCUGGUACUUGGCAAUAAAAAAAAGAAUAAAUUCAGGAUUUCCUGCUUAACAUUUGGCUCUGGUAUCAGUGAAUCUAGUGCUUUCUGAAUAUACCCCACCUUUCAUUCCUUAACAUUUUUUUCCUCUAGAUAAUAGAUUAAUUUUGGAUUUGUGGGAUUUUUUGUAAAGAUUUUUUUUCUGGAAAAAUACAUUACUCAUUCUUAUUAGAUUAAUAGCUUAAGCAUUUUGCCUCUCCAGCCCAUGCAGGUCUGAAAAAAAGCAGAUCUCUUGACAUUCUCUACUUGCACAUAAAGUUCUCAUUUAAACCUUUGUUAGGAAGUCAAAGCAAUAAGCAGAAUGACAGUCACAGUGAUUGAUUUUAAACAGAACAACUUAAUUUUGAGCUCAUGAGCCCUUUGUUAAUGUAUAAUUUAAACCAUGGUCUUCGCUGAUGGCCGUUAUAAAGCUGAACUCCAUUCUCUACCAUGGCAGUAAAUAUUUGCUUUAUGCUGUAUUUCUCUGAUUAUUUUAUGAUACAUAACAGAAAAUCAAUUUCCAUCAAUGCAUUUUGAGGUGUAGGUGUCUACCUGCAUUAGGGAUUGAAGAGUGGGUCUUUAAUCAAUACUUUAUUUUGAGCCAAGUGUAAAUGCAACAUGUUUUUAAAUGAAUAUCAGGUGACUAUUUAGGUAUUAAAUACUGUAUAAAUAAUGACAAACUGGAGAAUGAAAUGAAAGCAUUUCAUGGGUUUCUGAGUAUCUACUGUAGAACAAUGUAUCCUUCCUUGAUAUUAAAUAUUUGUAUUUAAGCAUUUAGUAUUUGUUAGCGAAUUCAAAGUAUAGGAAAUAUCUUCUGUCUAGAAAGUAGUAACUGAAUUAUUUAUAUGUUCCAGAUUAAAUUGUCACCCAGACUGCCAAUCACCCACACCCAGGUAUAGGCCAAGGAAUCAGAUGACCCCCACAAUCAAUAUCCUGGUAUAAUCUCAAUUCAUGACUGUUAGGCACACAUAUUUGAAAGUCAUGUCAUUAUGUACCAAGUGGUAAUGUAAAGUUAAAUUCAUGUAAUGUAAAGGUAAUGUCCAUCCUUCAAACUAUGAUUUAGAGCUAAUUUUAUUUUUGUGUUCUUUACUAUUGGAAUGAUUUGAGCCAUUUAUUCAUGCUGUAAGCCCAAUAUGUGUCAAAAAUCAAAGUUUGGAAUAAAAAAUAAAUGUCUUCUCA